AUGAAUUUUGAUAAUAAAAAUAAAAAUGAUAAUUAUCAAGAAUCAAUUCAAAGAAUAGUAAAUCAAAGAAAUAAUCUUUUAAAAGAGAUAGAAAAUAAAAUCAAUCAACAAUUUGGAAAUGGUAACUAUGAAACAUUAAUAAAAUCAAUUGAACUAAUCUAUGAAAUUGAAGAGAAAAUUAAAAGAAUUAAAGAAUUAAAUAGUCUUCAAUGUGACCUAUUAGAAUAUAUAAACCCAACUAAUUCAAUGGUACCAACUUCACCAUUCUCUUCUCCUAAUUUUCCUAAUUCUAAUAUUGAAAUUAUUGAUCAAAAACAACAUCAUCAACAAAAAUUACAACAACAACAACAACAACAACAACAACAACAACAACAACAACAACAACAACAACAACAACAACAACAACAACAACAACAACAAAAACAACAACAAAAACAACAGCAACAACAACUACAACAAUCUCAUACCAAACAAUCACCUAAAAAACAAGGUCACAAUUCAAAACAACAAUUUUUAACAUCAUUGGAAAAACAUAAAGAUCAAAAAGAAGAAAAUGAAGAAAAUGAAGAAAAUGAAGAAAAUGAAGAAAAUGAAGAAAAUGAAGAAAAUAAGGAAAAAGAUGUAGAAGUUGCAAAAUCAAAUAAACCAAAAAGAGGUAGACCAUCAAAACCAAAACCAGAAUAUUGCUUUCGUUAUGGAACAAGAUCUUGUCCAUAUUGGAGAAAAAAUGUAAUUAAAGGUGAGCUCGUUGAUGUUUGUAAUGCAUGUGGUUUACAUUUAAUGAAAAAAGAAAAAAAAGACUUGAUGGAGAAACAAAAAAACAGCAUUAAAAAUUUAUUAAACAAUGAUGAAAUUAUAACAAACUAUGAUGACCUAGGUUUUGUAUUAUAUAAUUAA